AUUAUUGAGAAAAUACAGAUAGACAAGAAAAAAAAAACAAUCUGUUUCCUUUUCCCCGUCGAUUUCUUCAAUUUUUCGUCUUCAAGCUGCGCUUUUGAUCAUCGUUCUUCUUCCGAUUCUCUCUUUCACCGCAAUUUGUCUCGUAGAAACUUCAAUUUUUGUUCUUAGGUCACAGCUUUUGUUGUUGGUUUCUAUGCUCGCUCAGAUUAUGUCGGAACUUGAUCGCUACUGUCAAGAUUUAAUCAUUUUUUUGUUGCAACUGUGAUUCGCCAUUUACGGCUUCGAUAUCUCUGUCAACCGUUGCAGGCAGAAUCGAAGUCGGCGUCGUAUUCUGAAGCAGAAGAAUGAGACAGUCGCCGGUCUUCGAAGACGAUCACGUCGAAGGAACUCACGUUCGGGCCUUUUCGUCGCCUUCGCUCUGCCCUUCUUCUUCUCGCAGAGAUGUUUAUUACAGCUGUGGUGCUUGUGGAUAUGAACUGAACUUGAGCUCUUCUAACCGCAAUAUAUCGACCAUUGGCUCUAAAUAUGGGAAAUCAAUAAAGCGAGGGAUCAUAUCGUUUCUAAACAUCGACGAGAGCAGAUUUACACAGGUUGAUCAACUUCAAUGUGUGCCUCAUUUCUCGAAGCACUCUUGGGGUCUGUUUCAACGUAGAAUCAAACUACUGUGUCGAAAAUGUGGAAACCAUAUUGGAAAUGCUUACACUAGCCAUACUUCCUCCUCCCCACUUGUUUCAGAUGGAUCAGAUUCAUCUUUGCCUAAUGAAGUCUCUAGGUGCAUGAAAUAUGAAGUGAAAAUUCGUGCGUUACAACCCUCGUCCUCCCACGAAACCGGCCCCCCAGUUAUUUAAACAAGGACAAGGACAAGGACAAAGGUUUAUGAAUUGGUCAAGAGUUACUAGCAGAAACAAAUGCAGGAUUCUCGAUAUGUGCUGUUUUACUUGUGAAUAGAAGAAUCUGGUCUCAAAUGGAAGAAGCCAAGUGUGAAGGAAAAGGAUUCACAGUUUAUAUUGUUCCUGCAAACUGAAGUAUGAUUUAUAAGAAUGAAUUGUCUCAAAGCUACUGUUGUGUUUCUGGCUUGUUUUUUCAUUAUUUUUUGUUUUGCAACAACAAUGCAUUUUCAUCUGUAUUUAUUUACAGUAUAGAAGUAAAUAAGUAUCUUAAUUUAGUUAUAAAGAUUCAUUCCAAUGCC